UUCAUAUUGACAGUUGUUCCGAAGAUUUUCCAUCCGCGGUACAAGAAAGUAAAAGGUGGAAUAAUCAGCGAUUUCAGGACAUUUGUCCGUAACCUUUAAUGGUUGUGUUUCAACCAAGACAUGGACGAAGAUGAACGACAGAGGAAAAUAGAAGCUGGAAGAGCAAAGAAAUCCACCAACACGCAGCGCAGUCAGUUGCUUGCUAGCUUCCGACAGAAAAGGGCGAAAGGGGACGGUCAAGUCGCGCAGAAAAAGACGCAGAAGAGGAAGGGCCCGUCUCCAACGCAGAAUGACGGCCCAGCGCAAGGUCGCCCCCUAGGGAUGGACCUCCGGACAGACUGCAACGCCACACAGCAGGACGACAUGUGUAACAAUGAGGAACCACAACGUUUUGGUGAGACAGAUCAGAGCCAACUUCCAGAGUUCCAGGGGCACUUGGAGCAACACCAUCCCCAGGAGGGAAGCAGUGUCCUGGGCGAGCAGGCGGUCGAUGUGCAGCCUGAGGGGAUGGAGGUUGUGGGAGACGAGGUCCUAGUGGUUCACACUGGAAAAGAUCAACUCAAGCAGUUACAGGCAGCAGUAGAGAAGCGUAAUGAGAUCAUUAGCAGACUGAGCUGUAACCUGCAGGAGGCGCUGGAGAGCAGAGACCAGGUACAGCAGGAGGCCUUCUCCCUCACUGGACAGAUACAGGCCCUGAAGAUGCAGCUACAGCAGACCUCUCAGUUCUUUCGCUCCAGGACACAAGGGGGCUCUGAGCUCUCCCUAGCUCAGCGGAAGGCCUCCCAGCCUGACCACAGCUCCUACGACCUCUCCUCACUGCCCAACCACCUGGAGGUCCCAGUAACAGAACCAGGGGAGCAAAUACGCACACUCCGAAUGGGACGUGAACAGACUGGAGCUGGGUGUGAGAGCCCAGAACAAUGUAUUGAUCCUGAGAUGGAUGUACUGAUACACACAUUGAGGAGAGAGCUGCUAGAGGAGAGGGAGUUAAACCAGCUCAUGCUUUCCCAACUAGAAGAGGAGAGGACAGGGAGGGAGGAGGAGAGAAGAGAGAUCCACCAGUACAAGGAGGAGAAGGAGGUGUUGAAUAGGGAAUUGCAGGAGCUAAGGAGGAGACUGGGGGAGGAGGAGGAGGUGAGGGAGAGAAGGAACGAGAGGGAGGAUGAGCGAGAGAUCAGGGAAAGACAGGAAGAGGAGAAGAGGAGACUUGGAGAGGAGGUGCAGAGAGCCAGACAGCUGUUGGGGGAGAGAGGGAGAACGAGGGAGGAGUUGGGAUUCAAGGCUUCUAAAGACAAACUGAACCAGGCAAAGGCCAGUGUGGAGGAGGAUGGAGAGAGGGAGGGGGAGGAGAGAGAGGAGUGCCUUCUGGACGUGUCCCUCCCCACUGAUGGCACCCCGCUGUUGGAGCGCUAUCUGUCCUCGGCCCUCCCCUCACACUCGUGCUGGGCCAAUGAAAGUCUGGGGAGUGCAGCCUUCUAGAAGAGCACAGCAUUCUGGACAACUCUGGCAACUACAGGUUUGAGCUGGACAGUGAUAUCGUCAGUGGUGGUGAUCAAUCCCAGCUGUCCUUUUCGCAGGAAGAACAAACUCACUUUCCCGUCCCACCAUCCACUGCACGGUCCCCCGACCCUGAGAACGAAACCUUGCCCUCUUUCGC